CUCCACUCUCCUCCUCUGUCCGGCUGUUUCUAAGCACAAACACAAACAGGAUCAACCUUUCGCCUUUCCUCUGCACACAUUUCUGCUGCUCUGACUCUUAUUGAAGGAUCUCACUGAUCUGACUUACAUUUACAAGCUUUUCAGGAUGCGCUGUGUGAACUGGUUGCUGCUGUGGACUUUCCUCCUGGUUCUGGGCCCUGCAGUGCAGGGAGCACCGAGCCAGUGCCCGAGCCUGUGCCACUGCCACGGUGACCUCCAGCACGUCAUAUGUGACAGCGUGGGGCUGAAGAAGAUCCCUCGGGUGUCAGAGGCCACCCGUUUGCUGAAUCUGCAGAGGAACAACUUGGGCGGCAUACCCACAGGGGCCUUUAGUGAAAGCAAGGGACUCAUCUCUCUGCACAUGCAGCACUGCCAGCUCAGAGAGAUCGGACCCCAGGCCUUCAAGGGGCUGAAUAAGCUCAUCUACCUCUACCUGUCCAACAAUGAGAUCAGCACCAUCAAACCUGGUGCCUUUGAGGAUCUCACAGAGCUCACCUACCUCUACCUAGACAGCAACCAGAUCAGUGACCUGCCGAAGGGCAUCUUCUCCCCGAUGAUCAACCUGUUCAUCCUGCAGCUCAACAACAACAAGCUGCGGGAGCUGCGUCAGGGCACCUUCACAGGUGCCAAGGACCUGCGCUGGCUGCACAUGAGCAGCAACGAUCUGACGACACUGCAUCCGGGUUCCCUGGACGAUGUGGAGAACCUCGCCGUACUUCACCUGGACAGCAACAAGAUGUCCACCUAUCCCAGCCUGGCAAUGAGCAAACUGCGGGUGGUGGAAGAGUUCACACUGGGGAAGAACCCCAUGAGGACCAUCCCUGACAAUGCCUUCCAGAGCUUUGGGCGAUACAUGGAGAAACUACACCUGGAUAACAUGGGUCUGGAGAAGCUCUCCGAUGGUGCCUUUACUGGUGUGACGGCAGUUAAGUCACUUCACCUGGACAACAACAGGCUAAAGUCACUUCCCAAAAGCCUCCAGUUCAAUAGCAUCACCAACCUGACCCUCUCCAACAACCCGUGGAACUGCACCUGCCAACUAGCUCCACUGCGCAGGUGGAUGGAUUCUAGUCCAAACCGCCCAGAUGCAGUAUGCGCAUCUCCAAAUCAGCAUAAGGGCAAGCAAGUGAGAGACGUCACGGAUAUCAGACGCUGCAAAUUGAAGCCAAAGAAGGCCAGGAAGGGCCCCCGCCAAUGAACUGGCAGCCCACAGGAGAGGCCGAGCAGGAGCACGUCCAGGUGACCGGCUACAGUAACAGCAACGCUAACAGAUUCUACUUAAAGACUCUCCAUCUAUUCAUCUGCACAGACACACAUCUGUUCAUACACAUGCCCUCUGUCUGUCUCAGUUACACACAAACACACAUGGACC